AUGUCUUUAGAGAUGAGCACCAUGUUGAGGCCCACCAAGACGCUUGGAUUGUGGAUCUGGGACGAACAACUGGCAAAAAGGGACACUUCGAGCUCCGGAACGGCGACAAGCGUGUCUGAGUCGUCUUCUGCGUCUUCUUCCGCGUCCUCGUCUGAAAAUUCAAGCGCAAGUGCUACUGCGACAUCGUCAGGCUCGGGAUGCGUAACUUGUCCGUCGACUCCAGCGUGUCCCGUAUGUCCAGAUGAUGAACAGUGUGCACUGUCGAUACAGCAAUGCGACCAGUGUCCACAGACUUACUGUGCCAAGAAAAACGGGUCGCUAGGGUCAGUGUCCAGCUCGUCCGCUGCAGCCAACGCAACAACGACGAGCGUGUCAGGUUCAAAGUCUAACUCGGCCAGAAUCGGUGGCAUCGUGGGAGGCGUAAUCGGCGGUGUCGGGCUCGUAGUAAUACUGCUGUUGCUAUACUUGUAUGCCAAAUACUGGCGCAAGAACCGCACGCGCAACAAGGACGUACUGGUGGCCCGUGAGGAGUACGCCGGCGACUUUGACGAAAGCGCAGGCGGUCACCAGUCCGAUCUACAAACUCAGGGACGCGGGUCUCUCUACAUUCCCAGAAACAGAAGCUCUGCUGCCACCCAGAUCACCAAGGCGUCUAACAUACUGCCUAUCGCAUACAUCCCAGGUGUCACCGCCGGGGGUCGCAGUCAAAAUAAGCUGCCGCCCUUGCCUCGACAUCUCCUACGCAACGGCGAUACCAGAUCGCAUAUCACAUUGGGAUCUUCGAUCUUGGGCGGCGACGAUGACAACGACCUCGAGGUAGAAGCCCCAACAGAGGGCGAGAGUCCCAUUAUACUGGAAAAACCCGAUGCUAACGGGUCUCGCGAAAAUCUGACCACGGCCAUUCGGGCGCGUCCAAAACUAGUUCAGAUCAACGAAGAAGACGACGAGGAGACAGAGGAAAAGGAGGGCGAUUUUGGAGUCCAAGACCCUGAGCACUCAACGUCGGGGCUACAUCGCGAAAAUGAAAAAGAUAGGUGGGUUACUACGGCGAUUAUUCCAUCCAGUGGUGAAAGCUCGCGUCAAGAAGAUAUACACGGUGAAGAGCACGAGCUUUCGGACCAAGAAGGCGAUGAUGACGACGGUAGUUUUAUUCUCGACGUGGGGAUGGAAUAG